ACACCAGACUCAGCAUGCCGGCCGGACGUUGAAGGUUAUUCUGCGGAGUUGUGGAGAAGGUUGGAUGGAGCACAUCGGAGAGACAUGCAUAUGCUUCGCCCGGUUCUGAGAGCAGAUCUUCAGGACCGAGCUCACUUUGGACAUCGCGUCCGCCGCCAGCAUGGUAACGACUCUCUACAUGGCCGCGUGGAGGAAUCGGAGAUGCCGCGUGGGCAGCAAAGCAAUUGUCGUCCCUGACGGUCCCUACGUGGUUCCAAGGACCGCCACGUUCCCAGCCCCGCACGGCUCGUGUCCAACAUCCGGGCACUUUUGUAGGCGGAGGCGAGGCAUCCGCUCCUUUUCGGAGGAUUAGCAUGGCGGCGACCACUGGUGAUCAUACGACACCCGAUGAGGACAAGUCAGGGCAGCAGAAGGACGGCAGACUGGCGACCGUGGGAAAGAAACGUACCCGGACAGGCUGUCUGAAUUGCCGCCGGAAACGCAGAAAAUGCGAUGAAUUCAAACCUCAGUGCACCGGCUGCAAAGCGAGGCAUGAAGUGUGUGAAUGGGGCGUACGAUUGAACUUCCGGCCGGAUAACAUGCAGACCAUGGGCCCGGAGCACCCUUCAAUGAGACAAGCAGCGUCUUCCUGCUCGAAAGCGCAAAACUUCAAGAUCAUUGAUGUCACAUCUGAGGUGAUCAGAGACUACUUCGAGGAGACUGCCAUCGACGAGAUCCAGGAGUCCCUCCGGCCGCCAAGCGCGAACACAUCGAAAAGCCCGCCGAAUGUCUCAUUGCCCCUGGGAAGCACUCCUAAUAAUCUCGAUCUUGAACAUAUGGGGAGCAUCGCAUCCCAGAUUCGGAGUCCGCCGUCUCUCGACAUCCACCCAGAUCUGAUAAGCGACACACCACUGCUUCCCGAUGCGAGCGUGUUCUUCUUGUCGCCGCAGUACAGCGACCCAGCUUUCGAAGAUGGGAUCUUUCUACCCGGAUCGCAGUACCAAGAGCUUCACGCAACGUUGCGAAGCCGCAUCAUCGAUACAGCGCGUUCGACCGUGCCCUCGCGGAUGCAUUCGCCUGAACCCCACCCGGUCCAUGUGGAAGUUGACUUCGACGAUGAAGAGUCACGGCGACUGGCUCAUCUCUCACCUGAAUACGAGUAUGAACUUUGGCAGAAUUACAUCGAGGAAGUAGCCUCAUGGCUGGAUAAGUUCGACAUCAAUCGGCACUUCGAGUUAGUGCUUCCCAUCAUGGCCAAGCAGCAUCCUCACCUUCGUUACUCCAUACUGGCUCUCUCGGCUCGACAAAUGGAGCGCAAAGCCCGAACUAUGGAUAACUCGUGCAGUCUGGCAUUGUACCAGCAUGCCAUUCACCUGCUCUCGCCACUACUUCAGCAACGAACAACAGAAGUACUAGCAUCGUGCGUCGUGUUAUGCGUACUGGAGAUGAUGAGCUGUUCACCCAAAGCUUGGAGACGUCACCUGGACGGAUGUGCCGCGCUGAUACAAGCGCUUGGAAUCUCAGGAGCCUGUGGAGGGCUUGAACAAGCGUUGUUCUGGUGUUUCGCUCGAAUGGACGUCUGCGGUGGUUUCAUCUCAUCGGAAAAGACUCUGAUCCCAAUGCAUAAAUGGAUUGGCGGGAUGGACAUCAACGAAGACGUCUCCAUCAUGCUGGAUCUUCACGGCUCAUUCGACAUGUACGCGAACCACGCCGUGUACCUAUGCGGCCAAGUCGUGGAUAUGCUUUGCUCUUCUGGAAAAUGGGAGCAGCGCCAUAGUCAGCAUCUCACCCCGUCGAUGGACGGCACAGAGUACAUCAAUAACUGGUCCCGGCUAUUCGAGCACUUGGACCGAUGGUACAACAACCGGUCCGAGGAAAUGAAGCCGCUGCUGACGAUACCUUCUCCAAUUGGUGACGAGACGAAGCCAUUCCACACAUUGCUGUACGGCAAUGGUCCCGCCACAUCCGGGAACCAGAUGUACCACACCGGCGCGUUGCUCAUGCUGAAGUUCAAGCCCUCGCACGUGCAAUUUGCCAGGAAACCUCCUUCUCUGUUGUGGCAUGCGCGCCAGAUUUGUGCCAUCUCAGUCUCGAAUCGGCAUCAUGGCUGCUGGACAAAUAGCGUGCAGCCCUUGUGGAUUGCUGGUCAGCAUAUGAGUCACCCGAGCGAACAUCGGGCGAUCUUGGAGCAUUACGAGCGUAUUGAGAGGGAGAUCGGAUGGGCGACUGAGUGGAGAGCCGCGGAUCUGAAGGAGUAUUGGGGUGAGGACGAUUGA